UCAGAAAGAGACCAAAAAUAAAUAAUAAUAAUAAUAAAACAACAACCAACGUUUAACAAUUUAUUGUGCAGAAUGUGACUGUGUGCGACUUUCAUCAGAUUCUCCUAAUAUUAGCACAGCUCAAAUCACUAGGAAGUACAUGUAUUUCAAAAGAUCAACCAAGGCUUUAGGACCAUAGCGGUGGCCACAAUAUAAUUUAACAAUUACACUGUUACAAGAGUGAGGAAUUCAGGCAAUACUAGCUGUCGUUUUGAUGUCGAAAUUUUUUGCUGUAAAAUUGUGAUUUACUAUUUCAAUGACAGACAGAAUAAGGCUUAUAAACAUUGGUUAUUUAUAUUUGUGUUAGAAAAUCUAUUCAGAGUCUCUGAAUGAAGCGAUAUUACGUUAUUGUCUUCCCGUACUAUAAAUGAUUUCUAUAUACUGCUAUAUAUUCCACUGAGCCGAAAUCUUUAUUUUGAUAAAAAAAAAUCUAAACUUAGUUUUGAUUAUGAUUAAAGUUACAUACAAAACUGUCAUAAUAGCACAUUUAUACAACAAAGUAAAGGUUUCAGAUUUAGAGGUAAUAUUGUUUUAAGUUCACUUUUUACGUACCAAUCUGCAUGAGAACACGUACGGAAAAUUAAUUACCGUGUUGUGCUCAAGUUCAAGGUCUUUAUUAUCCUUGAGCCAAACGAAAGCGAUCCAAAAGACUCUGGAGAUAAUCAAGACCCGUCGUUUUGAGACAUUGUAGGUAUAACAUAAAUACAGUAAUUAAAAAGAGGUCAUGUACCUGCAGGUAUUACAAAUCUAAUUAAAAUCAGAUCAUCUCUAACCGUAGUACUCCAGAGUUUCCGGGCAUAUAUCGUAAGUUCGAUCCGUCUACGUGCCAAAAAACUCAGUCGUCAUAUUUUCCCAUACAAAGUCUAUAACCUAUAAAUAUCGUCCCCCGAUUCUUAUCAAUGAUCUGUAGUAAAUAGUUAGAUCCUCCCCCGAUUCUUAUCAAUGAUCUGUAGUAAAUAGUUAGAUCCUCCCCCGAUUCUUAUAAAUGGACUGUAGUAAAUAGUUAAAUCAUUCCCCGAUUCUUAUCAACGAACUGUAGCAAAUAGUUAGAUCCUCCCCGAUUCUUAUCAAUGAACUGUAGCAAAUAGUUAGAUCGUCCCCCGAUUCUUAUCAAUACACUGUAGUAAAUAGUUAGAUCGUCCCCCGAUUCUUAUCAAUGGACUGUAGUAAAUAGUUAGAUCCUCCCCGAUUCUUAUCAAUACACUGUAGUAAAUAGUUAGACCCUCCCCGAUUCUUAUCAAUGAACUGUAAUAAAUAGUUAGAACCCCCCCCCCCCCCCCGAUUCUUAUCAAUACACUGUAGUAAAUAGUUAGAUCCUCCCCGAUUCUUAUCAAUGAACUGUAAUAAAUAGUUAGACCCCCCCCCCCCCCCCGAUUCUUAUCAAUGAACUGUAGUAAAUAGUUAGGUCCUCCCCCGAUUCUUAUCAAGGAACUGUAGUAAAUAGUUUGAUCCUCCUUGAUUCUUAUCAAUAAACUGUAGUAAAUAGUUAGAUCCUCCCCGAUUCUUAUCCAUGGAUUGUAGUGCAACACUUGUAGUUGAUGAACAUCUGUGACCUAGAUUUUUCUGGACGUUCGAUCUUUGUCGAUGUUUAUCAUUUCAGUAGAAAGAUUAAGGAACACUGAUUGCAUAACUGUAUUUUUUUCAUGAAUGUUCCAGAGAUUUCAUUUUAAACUGUAUAAAUCUACUCUGUGAAUACUAUGAUAUUGAGCUCUGGGAGACAAUUAAGACUUGUACAGUGUAAGAUUGGACACUGAGCAUUCGAGAUCAUUAGGCUAUAUAGACCUGGGUACCAGACAGGAUUUUGACAGCCGAUUUGUGAUAGUUUUGUGUGUGAACUCGACUGGGCAUUCAAAACUAUUGUAUACGUAUCGUCGGCAUUCAAGCCUAUUGUAUACCUAUCGUAAGUUAACCUACUAAUUAGUAUUUUCUUAUUGAUAUAUUUUUCUUUUGAUAAUUGUAAAUAAAAAUCGUGCUAUAUUUUUUAUUUUUAAAUUUGUGUUUGUGAUUGAAUCAAGGUAGCUCAUUACACCAAAAGUUUAUUUAAUGACUCUAUAAAAUACCUCUUCUGAAGUAUGCUUUCACUAUCAAAAGAGGGAUGCAUUCUCUCAAUUAUUCUAUACAUGAAUUUUUUGUGAUUUUUUCCGGAAUGAUAAAAAAAGUUGUUUUGUUUGUAAAUAAGAGAUUCUAAAGUCCAAAUUACGCUGUGAUUAAAUUUGGCGCAUGAUAUGAAUAUCUAAUAAAACACCCCUAAACCACUCAGAUAGACGUUGUAAUUUUUAAAUAAAAAAUAUUUAGGAAAAUUGAAAUGGCUAUUUUUUUUUUCAUCAACGGAUAAACUUUUCAAAAACAUGUCUUUUAGGAACAAACAUAUAUCGGAAAAAUAUAUUUCAAAAAGAAAUUGAAAUGAAAAGGUCAACAUUAAAAAAUAUUGCGAUUUUUCAACUUUGAACCAAACCCGAUCGGAAUUAUAAAAAUGUACUCACAGAGAACGUUGCAAUCAGAAAACUAUACAAUCCCUUGAUGUAAAAUGGUUUACAAAUUUAAUGAAUUUAUAAAGGAAAUUAAUUGCUUGAUGAAAGGUGCGUACAAUUAGCAACACUAUGUAAGUGAGAAAGUUUCCCAGUUUACUUUCGGAAGGUCGGUGGUCUCUUCCCACGUACAGUGUAUCUGGGUUCUCUCUCCACCAAUAAAAAUCUGGGCGCCACCAGAUAACUGCAAAAUUGUUGAGUGUGGCGGAAAACAUCAAUCAAUUAAUUAAUCAAUCAAUUAUUUUAGCAAUUUAUAUCAAUCUUUAUCGGAUCGGUACUUUUCUCUCUCGUUUAAUUCAAGUCUAAAAUAUAGCGAUGCAUCUGAAAUUUGGUCAUUUCAUUUCAAAACAAUUUUAAAAAAAAAAAAAAAAAUAUAUAUAUUUGUCUGGUACUGAUUGUUUUCUGAAGAUUUUAUCCGUAGAUUAAAAAAAAUAUAUUAACAUAUAAACUUUUCAAUUUUCAUCAAUAUUUUUAUUUAGACCCAUAUCGCUAUUUAUUCUGUUAUGGCUCAGAUUCCUAUUCCAUUCGUGUUUACAAAUAAUGAACAAGCCAUGCACUUGAACAGUGCGUCUUUCCUUUAUAUUCAUUGGACAAACAGCGGUAGGGGUGUAAACAACGAUGACGUAUGACAUAACCCACAGUCACAUGAUUUUAUCAAUGAAUGACCCAGUAUUUCCCAUUCUUGUGCAAUUUAGGUCACAACAACAGUGCAUUGAAAAUGUGUGGCCACUCCCACCCCGCGACGUAUGUCUGCACGAAUCUUCAGUCAUUGACACGUAGUCCUCUAAUACACUUUAAUUUAAAAACGCUUUUCAGAUCAUGGAGGAACGGCAGUCAAUUUAUACAGCUCUCUUCAUUGAUUUAACUUCAUGCAGCAUUGCAUUGUGAUAAAAUUCCGUUGCACGCAAAACAAGAUAGUAACGUUUGCAAAAUAGCAAAACAUCCUUAUUCAGUGUUUUACCGGACAUGUAUGAUAUAAAAAUCUAUAACAGGGCAUGAAGCCAGGAUGUCUGCUUCAUUGAAUGAAUAAAUCAAAAUUUCAGGGACAAAAAGCACAAUAUCUACUGAAAAUCGAUACAUGUUAUAGUUUCUUUGACAGCAAUCUCACUACGGUUCCAUUAGCAAUAUCCGUAUUUCCCAACCACUAACCGAGCACUCUCGUAAUGCAAAUUUAACGUCUUUUUGAUAUCUAAAAGAAAAGGGGAAAGAAAGCGAGUCUUCUAUCGCUAGGCGCCAGUUAUUAGAAGUGAAAAUUAAGGGCCUUAAAAAACGAAGUCCCGAGUCAGGGUGGGUGUUGGAACGAUUAAGGACCCUCACUACCAAGCCCCAGGGUGGGUGUUGGAACGAUCAAGGACCCUCACUACCAAGCCCCAGGGUGGGUGUUGGAACGAUUAAGGACCCUCACUACCAAGCCCGUAAGAGGCAUUCAUAUGCCCAGACAUCUUCGCUAGCCAAGAGUUUUCGGGAACUUGGCUAACGGAGAUGAUGCCCAAAUUUGUGGUACUGCACCAGUGAAAUGAUUGGACCUAGAACAACAAGUCUUCACAUGGAAUCACAUUGACGCAUUACACGGGUCAUUGACGCAUUACACGGGUCAUUGAUUGCGUUUCCAGGUCGAAUUGAGUAACGUAGACCAGGGGGAAUAUUUUCCAUUUAUCAGCUUAAAAAGAAAAAUAAUGAUAUAUAAUUCACUGCUCUCCAAUUACCUGUAACCUACGCUUUUUAAGUUGAACGGGAUUUCUGACUUCAUUUAUGAAACAACCCUUCUCACUUGUAGUUCGUUGCAUGCCACUGUUGUUUGUGCUGUAGCUGCUGAGACAAAGUUAACCCCGGACAUAAGAUUAUGUACCGCUGGCAGGUAUUUAAAGGUUAACCCCGGACAUAAGAUUCUGUACCGCUAGCUACGGAGAUUUUUCCGAUAACAUCGCAGAGUGCAAGACGACCAUGAAUUUGGCGUGAAUGUCAAUGGUUUCCAUCUAUCUAUCUAUUGAACAGCGAGUGCUAUAAAAUAUUCUAUAAUUAUACACCGACAGGGGGAGGGAGAGGGCGUGGCUGGUGUUACACCAGUAACCUUGACAUUGACGUGUUUGGACACAUAAAUAAACCACAAAUAACGAACAAUUCACAAACCAGCAAACGAUCCCAGGCAUUCUUCUCGUUAGUGACGUCAGAACAAGCCAGUCUUUAAAUCUACUUAGCCGCCUCGGAUGUUCCUGGUCUCAGUCUUCUUUAUAUAGAGCAUGUUACGGAGUCUGUACCACGGUGUAAGACGGGUCUAUCGACCUCUAAGCGAUCAGUUCGGAGCAUCAAAGUUUCGAGGUGUGACCGGAGUCACGGGUCAAUGCAUGCAAAGUCAACAUGCCAAAGAUCACUCCACAGAUUACACCGACUACGUCGUGAUCGAUUUCUCCGACAAAGACUACGCCGAGAAAACCAGCGACGGGGAAGAUGUUGACGGCAUCUCCUCAGUGCUGAAGGACAAACCAGAGUUCGUCUAUCUGGAGCGGAUCCAAGAACGGCACUACUGGGGCAGGAUCCGCUCCUUCAUGAGACAGUUAGGCUACGAAGGGCAUCUAGAGGACCUUCGUCAGGGGCGGGGAAAGGGCGUGUUUAUCAGGGAAGAUGUAGCACAGUUAGUUAAGCCUUACAACGGGACGGUGUACAGAUCCAGGAGACCAAACCCCUUAUAAGAAAUCAACAUUGAUUUAUAUACAGGAUAUUUAUAGUACCAGUGCGCACCGUUAUACAGGAUAUUUAUAGUACCGCGCGCACCGUUAUAUGGGAUAUUUAUAGUACCACGCGCACCGUUGUACGGCACCUACCUCAUGUAAUACAUACCUCUGUCACGGCUGGAGAUGAUGGUAGUUUUUCCAUGAGCUCGUUAUGGAUUGCAGUUUCCCCCCUGACAUGAUGUCAAAGUUGAACAGGAGAAUUGUCUGAGAUAGAGGUGUUUAUCAUUUUUUUUAAAAUUAUUAUUUACGGGUUCUGUAUAUUUUGAAAAUAAAUUCUUAUCAAAUGACAAAAA